CACUAGGUUAAGUUAUUUGUUUUGAAUUAAAAAUUUUUCUAUAUAUUAGCUUAAAUAUGAAUGGUUCAAAUAUAGUUCAGUAUGUAGUUGUACGUAGCGAUUUGAUUAAAUCUUUAGAAUGGCCCGUUGGUGCAGUUAUAGCUCAAGCCUGUCAUGCAGUAACAGCCGUAACGCAUCUUUUUUAUGUAGACGAGCACACUCAACGAUAUCUUGAAGACCUAGAUAACAUGCAUAAAGUUGUAUUGGAAGCUUCUGAUGAAAAAAAUUUGAUAGGUCUCAAAGAUAAAUUAGAAGAAAAUAAUGUAAAACAUAAAUUGUGGAUUGAACAACCAGAAAAUAUACCUACCUGUUUAGUUGUGAAACCUUACCCGAAAGAAGAUAUUCAGAAGUAUUUUAAAAAAUUUAAAUUAUUUAAAACGUAACUCUAAUUGCUUUUAUAUAAUGAAAUAUAUUUUUGUUCAUUGAAUGUCUUGUUUUUUUUGAUGAAUUUGAAUGUAAAUUGAAUCAUUUAUAGAUAAUUUAAUUAUCAUUUUUUUUACACUAUUACCAAUAUAUUUUCUUUAAUUAUUGUAUUUUUGUGAAAGAAUAAUGUCAAUUUAAUAAGAAUGAAGGUUAA